UGGAAACUCUGUUGCACAAGUGGGUCGCAAAUGUUGUAUACCUUUCGGAGUCUUUAAUGUGACACAGCUUCUUAUUCUCUCUUGUUCAGCUUCUUUGCUUGAUUAGGAGGACCACUCUCAAACGCCCGUCCCUGACACUUCGCUAAUUGCAGAAAAGUUUUUAGUUUAGUGAUUGUUGUUCUAAUACUAUAGUUUCUGGUUAUAAAUUGGUUUUUGGGUCUUUUAAUCUGAAAGUUCUAUGAUUUGUAGGAACCCAUUUGAAUUGCGGAUUUGAAGUUGUUGUUUUGGUUCCAAUAUUGUAUAGCUUGAGCAAAGAAAAGAUGGGGUUGGGUAUUUCAGUUUUGAUAGGAUUUAAGGCAGCUGUUAUGUUCCUCUUCUUUGCAUACCUUAGAAGCUUUGGUUUCACAUUGUUAUCAAUGCCAUUCUUGUAUACCUCUUUGAUAUCUUUGUUAAUUUCUAUUGCUUCACAUCCUUCUAUCAAUCUUCCCAUGUUCUUGGGCAAGAACUCAGAUGGGAGCUUCCCCAUUUGGUCCAUAAUUAUGUUCAGCCCUUAUUUGAACUUCGUUCGAGGUUUCUCAGCAUUGCGGAGAUUGGGAAGUGGGGAAGCCCCUUAUAAUGAAAUUUGCGAGGGAUUGUAUGUUGGCGGAUGGCCUUCUUCGCCGGAUAAAUUGCCGUCCGGUAACCCUGCUGUCGUCGAUUGUACUUGUGAAUUGCCAAGAAGGCUGGAAUUCUCGGGCCAUGCCUAUUUGUGUAUCCCAACUUGGGAUACGAGGAGUCCUCAGCCGGCUGAGAUCGAGUCAGCUGUUCAGUGGGCUUGUCGAAAGAGAGCUCAGAACAGGCCUGUGUUCAUCCACUGUGCAUAUGGUCAUGGAAGAAGUGUCGCUGUCAUGUGUGCGCUAUUAGUGGCUCUAGGUGUGGUGGAAGAUUGGAAAACUGCCGAGAGGCUAAUCCGAGAAAGACGCCCUUAUAUUCGGAUGAAUGCCCUCCAUCGCAAGGCCCUAAAAGAAUGGUCAAAAGAUAGGCUAUCUUCUCCUAUGAAGAGCAGAGAAAUGGAUAUAAGUUCAGUAAUUCUGCCUGACUCUUCUGGUAGCUUGCGAUUAGGUAGGACUGCGAAGACAAAUGAAUGACACGCUCUCCCUACAUCGCGUUAACUAUUAUUUCUUAUUCCACACAUCCGUCGUUUGCAUACGAAUUAGUUUCAUUUUCUUGUCGGUUUUAAUUUGAUUGUGUUAGGAAAAUUUAAAUUUUAAUAAUGUCUUGGCUAACCAACUUGUAGAUUUGAGAAGAAUCUGUUCUUUUCUAAAUGUUCAAUAUUAUUACUUAUGGGUGGCUCUACUAUCCAUCUGAACA